GUAAAUAUAAAGUUUCGGGAUCCCUCUCCUGUUAAUUUCUAAUUAAGAAAGAAAAAAACAUCAAACCCGUCCCCUCGCGCCUCGUCUUAUCUGCGACUGGACUGAGGUUCGAGGGCGCGCGCCUAGAUCGCGUUGCGGGUUUUGACGCGACGGGCAGACAAGAGAGGCGCCGACGGUCGGAGCAUGGAGCGGCAGCCGGAGCAGCGUCUCCCCGAAGCCCAGAUCGACGAUGGAUCGGCUGCUUCAUCACUGGCUAUAGGAAACGGAUCGGUCUGCCAACAAGAGGAUAAUUCUCGUGAUGGCACAGGAGGGGAAUAUUCAGGGCCAGAGCUUCCAGAGGACAUUUGGUGUCAUAUACAUUCCUUAAUGACGCUCCGAGAUGCUGCUCGUGCUGCCUGUUUGUCUCGUACCUUUCUGCGUUCCUGGAGAUGCCAUCCCAAUCUCAUACUUGAUCAUGGAAUACUAUUCCAGUUGAGACAUGUCCUCGCCAGCACAGUGAAUCACAUUUUUGAAAAUCACUCAGGCAUUGGUGUGAAGACACUCAAACUAGAUUUCUCCUGUUACCACGAGCCCAAGGCCUAUUCAUAUCUCCAUAGGUGGCUUCGGAUAGCUGUUACACCAGGCACUGAAAAACUUGUCGUUCUGUCUGCGAGUGAUGUAGCAUUCAACUUCCCAUGCUCAAUCCUAUCUGAUGGGAACGGAAUCACGAUCCAGCAUCUUCACCUUGUUGACUGUGGCUUCCAUCCCACAGUCAGUCUUGUUUGCAUGAGGAGCCUGACAGUGUUGCAUUUCGAUCGUGUGGCAGUUACGGGGGAUGAGUUAGGGUACCUUUUCUCCAGCUGUGUUGCUUUGGAGCAGUUGAAACUCAGGAGAUGCUCCAAGAUAACUUGCUUGGAGAUACCUUUCGAGCUGCAGCGGCUCAGCUACCUGCAGGUGUCGGUAUGCCACAAACUGCGAAUGAUAAAGAACGAAGCUCCAAAUAUUUGUAGUUUUGACUUUUUAGGUGACCGUAUAGAGAUCUCACUUGGAGAUUCACUGCGACUGAAGAACCUAGAUGUUCUGUGUAACAACGUCCUCCGUUAUGCAUGUGAAGAGUUUCCAUCCAGUGCGCCGAAUCUUGAAACUCUUAGCAUAUUUUCACGUCACGAGGUAGCCAAUACAGCAAUGGCGUUCACGCCUAGCAAGUUCCUCCACCUGAAGUACUUGAGUAUUUCUAUUGCAGUAGCCUAUGAUUAUUUGUCUCUGGUUUAUUUCCUUGAUGCUGCUCCGUCCUUGGAAACGUUCAAACUGUGUGUACUGACAGGGCUACGACCCGCAGAUGAACUACUUUUGGAAGAUCCCUCACAGCUUCGGCAGAUGUCAGGAUACUGCCAUCACAAGCUCCAGACUGUGAAGAUCUCUAGGUUCUGCUCUUCAAAGAGCAUGGUUGAGCUGGUGUCCCAUAUUCUUGAAAACUCAGUAUCGCUGGAGUGCCUUACAUUGGACACCACGGAUUGUAGUUUCAGGUGUUCUGGCGACAGAUCUACCAGAUGCUCCGACUUGGUUAGACCCUGGGAAGCCGAUAAAGCAGUCUUGGUAAUCAAAAAAUACAUCAAGGGGAAAGUUCCCUCCACGGUCAAGCUAGAUGUUGUGGAGCCCUGCAACCGGUGUCAUGUCAUUCUGCUAGAUGGCGGCGGAUGGAUCAGAGCUUAGUCUCUUACCCACAUCAACGUGGAGGAAAGACAACAUUCAGAUCCAUAAACAUCUUGAGAGCGUUACUAAUGCUAGCUGGUAUUUGACUGUCAGCAGUGGGUAUAGAUCUUGUUUCUCAAGUUGAAAUGGUGAGGGAGUGGCA